AUGCGAAGGUCCUCCUCAUGGAGCAAGGUAUCGAAGCUCGCCAUGAACUCGAAGCGCCAGCGCCGUGAGCGCCGGUGUGUCUUGGCACGGCUGUGGCAUGGUGCCAAGGGCUGCGAAUCCCACCGAAGAGUCGGUGAGCUGCGGAUCAGCUGGACUCAGCUGGCAGCCUGUGGUUUUUUUCGCGAAUGCCCCUUCCAGGAGACUGAGAGCUCAGUCGCGGAGCUUUGUGCCUUGAUUCCCGCCACUGCGCGAUUGAGCCGUGGUGCCCGAUGCCUUUUGCCACAGGUCUUGGCAUGGCUGGGCAACCAUGGGCGUUUGCCUUUGGGUGUCGCUGGCGUUUUCUCCGACAAGGACAUGCGACCAGUGAAGCUUGCGCUCACACAGAAACGCCGUGAGCGGUGCUAUGAUGCUGUUGUGGCGGUGAGGUUGUUGGCCUUAAGCCGCUUUUUGCUGUGUGAAAAGCUCCAGGAGGUGGUGGAGAGGUGGAUUUGGCGCAGCGGCUCUGUGGCGCGGAAGGCAGUGGCCUUGCAGCUGCUGGAAGGUGAGGGGAAGGAAGCUCUGGGCCUCCGAGAUCUUCAGCUGGGCCUGAUGGCUCGCAAGAGCUUGGCAGAUGGUUUGGAGGCGCUGCCACGGAAGCGCUUACGCUUAGUGGCAGAGGCUCAGCAACUCUUGCAGGAUGAGAAUCACAAGGUGAGGGAAUGUGUCCUCUAUGCGUUGGGCACCUCGGGCCCUACGGCUGCAUCACCUUGUGCCGAAGCUAUGGUGCUUUGUUUGGAGGAUGACUGCGCUGAUGUCCGUGGCCAGGCUGCCAGGUCUUUGUGCUUGCUUGCAUCUGAAGCAGCCAGUGAUGAGCAUUUCAACCCCACCAAGAUAGCUAAAGCGGUUGCUCCGUUGAUGUCGCACCAUCAUGGCCAAUGCGUCGUUGAUCGUGCUGCCGAAGGCUUAGCAAGACUUGGUGAUGUCUCGGCUCCUUUGGUGACAGAGUACCUGGUGGACGGCGAAGCCUUGGAGCGGCAAGCAGCGGUCGAGGUCUUGAGGAAAUUGGGUGAGCCUGGCAUCCAUCAAGCUGCUUCCUUGAUGAGUCAUAGUAACCCUGGUGUGCGCCGCGCUGCCUUGCGCAUCUUUCAGGGAUCCAAUUGUGAUGUGCUGACUGUGCUUCCUGGCAUCGACAAAGACAUCGGUGCUCUCAUGGAUGAUCCUGACUUCCGCGUGCGCGGUGUGGCGGCCUUGGCUUUGUGUCACCUUGGUCCCGAAGCUACCAUGCCCUUUGCGUCAACUUUACUCAGUAGAUUCAACAUGAAUCCCAAAGCAGCAGAGCUACGGGAUUUGCUUGCGGCCCUGGCAUCUUUAGGAAGGAGUGCCAGUUGGGCUUCCGAAGCCGUUCGGGAUUGCCUUUGGGCAGAGCAGUGGUCAGUGCGCCGAGCAGCUGCUGAAACCUAUGGCGAGAUUGCCGGGACCUUUGAAGCACAGCGGGAUGAAGUGACAGUGACGCGGGAGGCAGCAGUGCGCCUUUCCAAAUUGCUGAAGGACACUGAAGACGUUUGCCGCAUUGUCCCACUCAAUUAG